AUGAGUCACUCACCUAAUUUGAAUGCACAACCUACAAAAGGUAUAUUAAAGAAAGCAAAACAACCAAGUGAUGCUGGAAGGUUAAGAUGGGAUGAAGCCAACCUUGAACUGACCGAGUCACAAAAGGACUCUACCAUGAAGGUAGAUGAACCCAAGACACCUUAUGUUCGAUAUGAUGCUACAACAGACCAAGUACUUAAUAUGGAUGAUAUUCCUGGUAUUCCUCAAUAUCAUCAUGAAUCUGAACCUGAAGAAUUCACUUUGGAUGGAGGUGUUGCUUCUGAUAAAAAGUCACGUAGAAGAGUGUCUGUCAGUGAUGAUGAUUGGGAAAUUGAUGAAAAAGAAGAAGAAGAUGAAGAAGCCAAGAAGCGUCAUGAAGAAUUUUUGCGUAAAAGAGCCAUGCAUUAUCAUAUGGGAGCAGCUUUACGCCAUGAUAAAGAAGAUGAAGAAGAAGACGAACAGACAAUACCACCUGUACCUACUUCUUUAUAA